AUGUCUCGCCCAUUUGAAAAUAAGUAUGUUAUUGUCACUGGAGGUUCCAGAGGCAUCGGGGCUUCAAUUGCACUGUUACUAGCAGAGCGAGGUGCUAGAGGAGUGGCUAUUACCUACUCAGGCAAUGAAGCAGCAGCAAACGACACUGUAACCAAGAUCAAAGCUCAUGGAGCCGAUGCGGUUGCGAUACGUGCCAAUAUUCUCGACGUCGACAUCGGAGAGACAAUAGUGAAAGGAGCGCUCGCAGGAUUAAAGACAAAUACAAUCCAUAUCCUUAUCAACAAUGCUGCUCUCGCUACAUCUGAGCAUCUUCUUCCUAUUCUACAUACCACCGUCGAAAAUUUUGAUAACCUUUUUCACGCCAACGUACGGGCGCCGAUUUUUGCAACUCGCGCAGCGCUCCCCUUUAUGCCCACAAAAGGUGGCAGAAUUAUUAACGUGAGCUCCGUGACGGCCAAACAGGCGGCCGACGAGCCCGGAAUACUUUACGGUGCUAGUAAAGCAGCAUUAAACAGUAUAACUCGAUCUAUGGCGAGCGCGUUAGCUGCGGAGAAAGGCAUCACGAUCAAUUCAAUAAGCGUCGGGCCCACGAAGACUCCUGCCAUGGCGGACGCCUUAGCCAAUCUGCCCAAAGAGUACAUGGAAGGACUUGAAAACUAUGCCACUGUUGAGAAGCGAUUGGCAGAGCCAGAGGAAAUUGCGGCCAUUCAAGCAUCGAAGCGGGUGGACGCUGACAGCAUUGACGCUGAGACCGCUGCUCUCUACGGAUGGAUCAAUCGUGCAAUCCCAGAUGCUCGAUUCGAAGAAUUUGUGGACAAAUUUGGUCGCCGGGUAGCUGGCUGGGAACACUCUGCCAUUGCUGCAGCGAAGAAUCUCAUCAAUAAGCGCACCGGGUUUCCUACUGCAGACGAGCAGAUAGAGAGCUUCAACUCAUUCCUGAAAGCUGAUACCCUAGGUGGCUUGGUGGAAAGACGACUGAAAGCCAUGGCUGCCGCUGGUAUGCAGACCAACCUGAACUUCGAAGAGAACUUUGGUCAGGAGGAGUUAGAAUUCGUCGGAAGUGGGCCGUGGAAUGCUUAG